AUGCUGCCAAUCUUCGUGGUGACUUUAAUGUUGCUUGUACAACCAAACGAGGCAUCGAGACAGCCAUUGACGAUCCAAAAUGUAUGGAAUGGCGGUUUCCACAGCAGUUUUACUGUAGACACAGAUCACGCCAUCAUAGGCUGGACAGCUCACCUGUCUUUUAGUAAAGCUGUACAGAACCUGCAAAUUUUCAAGGCCAUAGUCUUGUCGUCAAGCAGUGAUCAUCGUGAUUAUGUUGUUCAAAAUGUCCGAUGGGACGGAAAUAUUACGGCCAAUAGCUCGCUAACUGUAGAUUUCACCGGGACUAUGGUUGGUGACCAGGCCCCGACCGGAACUGUUACCAUAACGGAAGUAACAAUGGGAGGAAGUCAGUCGACAGCUUCACCUCCACCAGGACCCACAACACAGGGCUCAUCCAACCAUUCUGUAAAUGCUCUAAACACAAAAUACGAUUACGCGGAAGCCAUGCGUUUGUCAAUACUAUUUUACGCCGCGCAACGGUCAGGCAAACUUCCGGCUAACAACCCUAUUCCAUGGAGGGGUGACUCCGCUCUCCAGGACGGACACGACGUUCACACUGAUUUGACUGGUGGAUGGUAUGAUGCUGGCGACCUAAUUAAGUUUAAUUUCCCGAUGGCGUCCACCACUACACUGCUUGUAUGGGGUCUCAUUCGGUGGCCGGACGCCUAUCAGUCUGCAGGACAACUAGACAACAUGUAUGACAGCAUAAAAUGGCCGCUUGACUACUUCCUAAAGUGUUGGAAGCCAAGUAUAAACACACUUUACGUACAGUGUGGAAAUGGGCACUUAGGCCAUGAUUACUGGGGCAGACCGGAAGACAUGAAUCCGAACAGACCAACGUAUAAAGUCAAUGCGCAUAAACCCGGAAGUGACGUUGCAGGGGAGACAGCUGCAGCGAUGGCAGCUGGUUCGAUCGCUUUCCAAAGAAAAGAUACUGCCUACGCCAAUACAUUGCUGACGGCGAGCAGAUCUCUUUAUGUCUUCGCCAAGACUCACAGAGGAAAAUAUUCCGAUAGCGUGCAGGACGUUCACGAGUUUUAUGCAUCCAGUGGCUAUGAGGAUGAAUUGUGUACCGCCGCAGCCUGGUUAUACAAGGCCACCAACGAAACCCAUUAUUUAGUCGACGCUAAACAUUUUUACGAUUCAGACACCGCGUAUGCGCUCUCCUGGGAUGACAAGCAAAUCUCAUGUCAAAUUUUACUCUGGGAACUGACUAGUGAGACCCAGUAUAAAACCAGUGUGAGGAACUUCCUUCAUAGCUACAUGCCUGGUGGAAAUGUUCCAUACACACCGUGUGGUCUUGUGUUCAGGGCCAAGUGGGGCUCGCUGGCGUUUGCAGCUAAUGCCGCCUUCGUGGCCCUGAUGGCAGCUGAGGACGGGAUUGGCGGGAAUGACUACAAAGCAUGGGCCUUAUCUCAGAUAGAUUACGCUCUCGGGGAAAACAACCAUAACUUUAGCUACGAGAUCGGAUUCGGUACAGAUUACCCUGUCAAACCUCAUCAUGUGGCAAGUUCAUGUCCUGACCCACCAACUACCUGCGAUUGGGAUGCAUUCGAUUCACAUGCACCGAACCCACACAUCCUGUAUGGAGCUCUGGUAGGGGGUCCAGGUCGCCAUGACGACUACGUGGAUGAUCGGAAAGACUAUGUUAAGAAUGAAGUGGCAUGUGAUUAUAACAGUGGAUUUCAAUCAGCAUUAGCAGGGUUAGUGCACUUCGCGCUCCAGCACGAUCUGCCAGCGGCUCCGGUUCUCAGAUGCAGUAGCCAUAAAAGGAGCCGACAUUGA